UUAUGGCACAGGUUCAAGGUUUGGGAAAGAGAUACCUUAAAGCCUUUUUUAAAGGUUUCUUUGUUGCUGUUCCGGUAACCGUGACUUUCCUGGAUAGAGUUGCCUGUGUAGCAAGGGUGGAAGGAGCAUCAAUGCAGCCUUCUUUGAAUCCUGGGGGAAGACAAGCAUCUGAUGUAGUGCUCUUAAACCACUGGAGCAUUCGAAAUUAUGAUGUACAGCGUGGGGACAUUGUAUCAUUGGUGUCUCCUAGAAACCCUGAACAGAAGAUCAUUAAACGAGUGAUUGCUCUUGAAGGAGACAUUAUCAAAACCAUCGGAUACAAAAAGAAGUAUGUGAAAGUUCCACAUGGGCAUAUUUGGGUGGAAGGUGACCACCAUGGACACAGCUUUGACAGCAAUGCUUUUGGUCCGGUUUCCCUUGGACUUUUGCAUGCUCGAGCUACUCAUAUCCUCUGGCCUCCACAACGCUGGCAGAAGUUACAGCCAAUGCUACCUCCGGAGCGCAAACCACUCCAGAGAGAGCAAGAGUGAUCUGCGUGUUCAGAUGGAAAAACACUGAAGUGAAGCUUAACCAUGAGUUAAGAGUUGCAGUGGUUAUACCAUCACCUGUAAGAGCUUUGCCAAGUGUGCUUUAACAUCAGGUACAUCAGCAAAUACAUGCGACAUCUUCAUGUUAAAAUGCCACUUUAAGCGUAAAG